AUGUCGGGUGAAAAAGAAAAAGAUAAGGCGAAGACGCACAAACUUUCCUUGAAAGGAUCAUCGAGACUCGUCGCAGAGUUCUUCCAAUACUCGAUAAACACAAUUCUCUUCCAAAGAGGUGUCUACCCCGCCGACGACUUCAACCCAGUCAAGAAAUAUGGCCUUACAAUGCUGGUCUCUUCCGACGACCAAGUGAAAGCGUAUAUCAAGAAGAUCAUGGGCCAGCUAGAUAAAUGGAUGGUGGGGGGCAAGAUCUCGAAACUGGUGGUUGUGAUAACGAGUAAAGACACUGGAGAACAUGUUGAGCGGUGGCAGUUCGAUGUUCAAAUAUUCAACAAAUCCUCCUCGAAGAAAUCCUCCAAAAAAGCAGUCGACAAGGAGAACUCCGCACCGGACACAUCCUCUCCCACGCCUCCCCCAGAAAAGACAGAAGCGGAGAUCCAAUCCGAGAUCCAGUCAAUUUUUCGACAGAUCACCGCAUCCGUGACCUUCCUUCCACAGCUCGACGGCGAAUGUACGUUCAAUGUACUGGUGUAUGCGGAUGCGGAUAGCGAGGUGCCGAUGGAGUGGGGUGAUAGUGAUGCGAAGGAGAUUCGCAAUGGGGAGAAGGUCCAGUUAAGGAGCUUUAGUACGAGUAACCAUAAGGUGGAUACGUUGGUUAGUUAUAGGGUUGGUGAUUAA